AUGCAAGUCUUCGCCCAACGAAACACCACCGCUGCCGAACAGAACAAUAUAAAAAAUGGCAAACGAUGUGAGGAAUGUUGUGUUUGCUACUUUUCCAAAGCUGAUAGUCACGUAAGAAAGGGACCUCAAUCGAUUGAAUCGAUAUGGCAUCGAAUGUCGUUCAUCGUCUAUUCAUCGCUUCGAAACCUAGAUGAAAUGGCAAACGAGACGAAGAAAGUCUAUGGGAGCUACUUUUCAAAACUGGUGGUCAAGGAAGUAACCAACAACUUGGGC